AUGUCGCGGGCGUUCGCGAUGCAGGCCAACCGCGUCCGGACGGCCUUCGGCCUGAGGCCCAAGCGCGUCGUCGCCGCUUCGGCCCGGAAGCAGUCCAUGGAUCUCGCCGCGGAUCUGUCGAAGAAGCUGUCCGCGGGCGCCCUGGCCGCCCUGGUGUCGGCGCUCUCGACCGGCGCCCCCGCCAUGGCCGAGGACGUCGCCCCUCCCACCGAGGCCCAGGCCACCAUGCCGAUGCGCACCGAGAGCGCGACGUUCGGCGAGUCCGCCAACGCCCCGGCCGUCUCGACCGAAUACAAGCUGCCCGAGGGCAACCAGUGGCGCUACAGCGAGUUCAUCGACGCCGUGCAGCGCGGCAAGGUCGAGCGCGUCCGCUUCUCCAAGGACGGCUCCCAGCUCCAGCUGACCGCGGUCGACGGCCGCCGCGCCGUCGUGGUGCUCCCGAACGACCCCGAGCUCGUGGACGUGCUGGCCAAGAACGGCGUCGACAUCUCGGUGUCCGAGGGCGACCAGCAGGGCAACUACGUGUCCCUCCUCGGCAACCUCCUCUUCCCGCUCGUCGCCUUCGCGGGCCUCUUCUUCCUCUUCCGCCGCGCCCAGGGCGGCGAGAACGGCGGCCAGGGCGGCGGGCCCUUUGGCGGGGGCCCCAUGGGCGGCGCGAUGGACUUCGGCAAGUCGCGCACCAAGUUCCAGGAGAUCCCCGAGACCGGCGUCGGCUUCGCGGACGUCGCCGGGUGCGACGGCGCCAAGCUCGAGCUCCAGGAGGUGGUUGACUUUUUGAAGAACCCCGACAAGUACACGGCGCUCGGGGCGAAGAUCCCCAAGGGCGCGCUGCUGGUCGGGCCGCCCGGGACGGGCAAGACGCUGCUCGCGAAGGCGGUGGCGGGCGAGGCGGGCGUGCCGUUCUUCUCGUGCGCGGCGUCGGAGUUCGUGGAGCUGUUUGUCGGCGUGGGUGCGUCGCGCGUGCGCGACCUGUUCGAGAAGGCCAAGGCGAAGGCGCCGUGCAUCAUCUUCAUCGACGAGAUCGACGCCGUCGGGCGCCAGCGCGGCGCCGGCAUGGGCGGCGGCAACGACGAGCGCGAGCAGACCAUCAACCAGCUGCUCACGGAGCUCGACGGGUUCGAGGGCAACACGGGGAUCAUCGUGCUCGCCGCGACGAACCGGCCGGACGUGCUCGACCAGGCGCUGCUGCGCCCGGGCCGCUUCGACCGGCAGGUGACGGUCGACCGCCCGGACGUGCAGGGCCGCGUGGCCAUCCUCAAGGUGCACUCGGCCGGGAAGCAGCUCGCGUCGGACGUGGACCUCGACAAGGUCGCGCGGCGGUGCCCCGGGUUCACGGGCGCGGACCUGCAGAACCUGAUGAACGAGGCGGCCAUCAUGGCGGCGCGCCGCGACAAGAAGGAGAUCUCGCGCGAGGAGCUGGACGACGCGCUGGAGCGCAUCGUGGCCGGGCCGGAGAAGAAGAGCGCGGUCGUGUCCGAGGAGAAGCGCCGCCUGGUGGCCUACCACGAGGCCGGCCACGCGCUCGUCGGCGCGCUCAUGCCGGAGUACGACCCCGUGACGAAGAUCACCAUCGUGCCGCGCGGCCCCGCGGGCGGCAUCACGUUCUUCGCGCCGAGCGAGGAGCGGCUCGAGUCGGGCCUGUACUCGCGCGCGUACCUGGAGAACCAGAUGGCGGUCGCGAUGGGCGGGCGCAUCGCGGAGGAGCUCAUCUUUGGCGACGACAACAUCACCACGGGCGCGGCGGGCGACUUCCAGCAGGUCUCGCGGACGGCGCGGAUGAUGGUCGAGCAGGUCGGGUUCUCGAAGAGCCUCGGCCCCGUCGCGUGGAAGUCCGGCGGCGGUCAGAGCUUCCUGGGCCAGCAGGCGGGCCAGCCCGCGGACUACAGCUCGGAGACGGCGGACAAGAUCGACGAGGAGGUCAAGAUCCUGGUGGAGCGCGCGUACCGCCGCGCGAAGGACUGCAUCCAGAGCAACAUCGAGGUGCUGCACCGGACCGCGGACGUGCUCCUGGACAAGGAGACGAUUGACGGCGACGAGUUUGCGCAGAUCAUCCAGGCCGUGCAGUGCGAGCAGUACCUCAAGGAGGACGCGCCCGCGGUGACGAUCCCGUACCAGAAGGCGUAA